AUGCGGGCUACGUUCACACUCCUUCUCGCGGCUAUAGCUGCCGCUAAAGAUAUCACGGACGACGAUAUUACCAUCAUCCUGCCUAACGAGCGGCCAACCGUUACCAUUGAUCCAUGGCAAUGCUUGACACAGAAUCUCACCGAGUACUUCGAUGUUCCGAGGCCGACUGGCGCCUUUUACUCUGCUGUCUACUCUCAUGGCAGUGAGCUGAUCAAGGACUGCGUCGCAGCAACGAAGGGAGUAGAUUGCCCCUUUCCUGAGUCCUCUGACUGGUGCAGCCUCAGCACUUCGAUACCCGCGUCUGUGCUACCAGCCUACUCCGCCUACGGUAGCGUGGCCUCUGUGUGGUGGAAGUCACAUAGCUCUGCGGUCUUCACAGCCGCCGAGAUGUGUCCACUUGGCUGGUUUGACGCCAUGCUUUCGAUUCCUGGCGGUAGGGCGUGGAUGAACCUGACCAGAAUCUAUGGUGGAUGCUACGCUCACGCACAGCCUACCCCUGGUUCUGAACCCUCGAAGCGACUAUCGACCACAUCCGGGCCAACAGCUAUGCCAGGUGCGGGAGCAUCGGCUACGGGCCAUAGCCAACCGACCGCGACUCCUAUGAAAAACAGCAUUUUUGGCCGGGCCGAAAACAGGCCAGGGUCUCUAGUGGCUGCCGGUGCUGGGCUUGCUGCCGCCUUCAUUAGCUCAAUAAUACUAUAG